UAGCCAGCCUUGCGCCAGACCAGCAGCAAGCAGCGAGCACAUUGCCGAGUUAGGGCUUGUGAAAAAAUUGCAAUUGCCACUUGAAUUCGAUACAAGCGUGCGCAUCGUCGUAAUGCUGAAUCUGUUGCCAUCGGCGGUGGUAAAUGCUUUGCGCGCCUUCUGGCUGCGUCUGAUGGUAAUAUGCGGUAGAACGCAUAAAUGUCGCCUGGGCGAAGGUGAAUACUUAACGCCAUUAACAGCAGCGGCAACCAUCUCGAUCACAGCGACGGCGAAGCCGAACGACAUGGCAGCAACAGCGGCGCUGGCAAUACAGCCAUUGGCACCACCACCCAGCACGGGGGCUUGGCCGUGGAAGGCGAAAGUUGAGAAGUCGUCGGCAGAGGAGUUGCGGAAGUUGCCAAGGCCGAAAGGAUUGCCAUUAAUUGGCACGUUUUGGGAUCUAGUAGCGGCCGGCGGUGGACAGCAAUUACACAAAUACGUUCAUCGACGCCAUGAAGAGCUCGGUCCAAUAUUUUACGAACGUCUGGGCGGCGUACAGGACGCCAUAUUUGUUUCAUCAGCAAGUCAAAUGCGUGCGGUAUUUCAAUAUGAGGGCCAAUAUCCACGGCAUCCGCUGCCAGAGUCGUGGAUUUUAUACAAUAAGCAGCACAGUUGUCAGCGCGGCUUGUUCUUCAUGGAGGGUCCCGAAUGGCUACAUAACCGACGCAUAUUAAAUCGUUUUCUGCUCGGCGGCACCAUGAAAUGGAUGGAUGUGCACAUCGAAGCGUGUACGCAGCGUUUGGUGAAUCUGUGGAAGACGCAGGCGGCCAAAGCGCAAGGCAGCUACACCGAAGUGUUGGAGCUCGAGCAGCAGCUCUACAACUGGGCAAUUGAUGUGGUUUGCACAAUCAUGUUUGGCGUUUCAGCGGCGGAGAAUCCGCAUAUGGCCAAGACAAUGGAUGAAUUCUCGACUAUUGUGCACAGAAUAUUCGACACCAGUUCGGCGCUUAUGACGUUUCCACCACAAUUGGCCAAACGUUUCAAUAUGCGUAUUUGGCGUGAUUUCGAGGCGAGCGUCGCCGCGGUGCUGAAGAAGGGCAACGAUUUGAUUGAUCUGUUUGUUGAGUUGCCGGAAGACAUUACAAAUGGUUUGUGUGUGAAAAAUGGCGUCGAUUGUCACGAUUGUAGUGGAGAUUCACUCUAUCAGAAACUAAUUUUGGCCGACAUGCCAUUGGAUACGAUCAAGCGCAUAUUUGUGGAUUUGGUUAUUGCCGCCGGCGAUACGACAGCCUACACAACGGAAUGGGCAUUUUAUCUACUCACUCAGAAUCCGGAAAUGCAAGAGCGUUUGGCCAAAGAAAUGGCUGCGCAUGACGGGCGCGGCAAUAUGCUGGUGCAUGGACUCAUAAAAGAGGCUAUGCGUUUAUAUCCGAUUGCACCAUUUAUUGGACGCUACUUGGACACUGAGGCCAAUAUUGGCGGCUAUCAAAUCGAAAGAAAUAGCUUAGUGCUGCUCUCCUUGUACACGGCCGGUCGUGAACCCAAACAUUUUCCCGAUCCGGAGGCGGCAAAACCAGAGCGUUGGCAACGCAACGAGGAAACCGGCGAAUUACGCGAAGUCUUGCAAUCGCAUGGCUCGCUACCAUUCGCCAUCGGCAAUCGUUCGUGCAUUGGCCGACGCAUGGCGAUGAAACAAAUGCACUGCCUGCUGGCGUCGGUCAUAAGCAAUUUCAAGUUGCAAUGUAACAAUACAACACCAAUUGACUGCAAGCUGCGUUUGGUAACGGUACCCGAUCAGCCACUACGACUGGCAAUAAAACUUCGUGACAUCGCAUAGUAUUAGUUAAUACAUAUAUAUAUACAUACAUACACAACACGUAUAUAUAUUCAGUAUAUAGAUAUACAUAUAUAUACAUAUAUGUA